AUGUCAACAGGACAGCAUCACAGCAAUUGGGUGAAUGGCGCCUACCAAGCUCCAACCGAGGCCCGGAUAGACGUUAUCAAUCCUGCGACUGAAGAGAUACUCGCAACGAUAGACUCUACGCCUCAAGACGCGGUCAAUGCGAUCGUGGACUCGUCCCUGCAGAACUUCGCCAGUGGUGUAUGGAGCAAAGCCGAUGCCUCAGCUAGAUACACAGUUCUGUCGACGGCGGCGAUCCUCCUCCGGUCUCGACUCCCCGAGUUCAUCAUGCUCGAGACUCAGCAGACCGGUCGGCCCAUCCGUGAGAUGAGGGCCCAGCUAGGCCGUAUUCCAGAAUGGCUCGAGUACUUCGCCUCUCUAGCGCGAACGCAUGAGGGACGAGUAACGCCAUUCAAAGGACCUGUCGUCAACACGUUAACACGUUUGCCUCUCGGGGUUGUCGUUCAAAUCACGCCUUGGAAUCAUCCACUUUUGAUUGCUACGAAGAAAAUCGGUGCUGCGCUGGCUGCAGGGAACUCUGUCAUCGUCAAGCCAUCCGAGUUCGCACCAAUCUCUGUCCUGAAGAUGGGUAAGCUGUUCCAACAGGCUGGCUUGCCGGAUGGCACAUUACAGAUCGUUUCAGGACUUGGGAGGGAGACUGGAAAAUUCCUGUGCGAGUCGCCUCUAAUCUCCAAGAUUGAUCUGACGGGGGGGCUUGCGACAUAUGCGGCCAUUGCACCAAACGCAAGCAAGAAUCUCAUUCCUAUCACAGCUGAGCUCGGCGGGAAAGCGCCCGUGUGCAUCUUCCCCAGUAUGCCCGUCGAGAAAGCGGUAAAAGCGGCCUUGUUUGCGAGUUUUAUCGCGAGUGGCCAGACUUGUGUCACGGGAAGCAGGCUGCUGGUACACUCGGGGAUCUACGACGAGUUCGUAGAUCUACUGGUCGAGAGAACGAAAGCACUGAGGAUCGGAGACCCCACCGAUGAUCGAACGCAAAUCGGAGCUGUCAUCUCCCGCGCGAGUGUUGAGAGGUGCUCAUCUUUCGUGAUGCAGGCAGUCAUCGAGAACGGGAACAUCCUCUGCGGAGGCGGAUCUGCUCGCUUGAACGGCAAAGGGUUCUUCUUCCAGCCAACGCUGAUCGAGACCAACGCCGAGACCAAUCUAUCGUGCAACGAAGUGUUCGGUCCCAUCAUUGCGAUCAUCAGAUGCGCGUCGGAGGAGGAGAUUAUCCGGAUUGCGAAUGGGACUUCGUUCGCCUUGGGUGCGUCGGUGUGGACGAACGAUUUCACUCAGGCGCACCGGGUGGCGGAGAACAUCGAUGCGGGAAUUGUGUGGAUCAAUGGCCAUCACCUGAAUGAUCCGUCCUCCCCGUGGGGUGGAUUUAAAGAAAGUGGGAUCGGGAAGGAGAACGGCGUAGAAGCUUUUGAGAGUUACACGAAAGUCAAGAGCACAGUCAUCAAUUACGGACAGGAACCGACGUGGUUUGAUGACGAGGUGCAGAAUGCUCGGUAUGGAUAG